AUGGAUGGACUGCCGAAAACACCACGCUCUAGAGUGCCUAAUUUCACCAGCGAUGAAAAGGCCCUAUUAGCAGCAUUAAUAAAGAGUAAACCAAUUGUGGAGUCGAAAGCAACUGACGGCAGGUCAUUUGAAAAAAAGAAAGCUGUAUGGGAGUCCAUAACGCAAAAGUUUAAUUGCCAAGUUUAUGUUCACAAGGCAGCACCUGUUAUAAUUUGUGAAGUUAAAAAUUCAUAUGACAGUGAUGGAUACCUAUUAAGUUCACUUGGAGAGGAGGAAGUGAAAUCCAGUGAUUGCAAAAUAGUUGGCUACCCAAGAAAUAAAAAACAGGCUGCAGAGCUAGAAUUACAGAAAAAUAAAAUACUUUUGGAAAAAGCUACAUUAGAAUUGGAGAUUUUAAAUAACACUACAAAAUAA